UUGUCCGUACAUUCAACGUCAGACAAAUAUUUUGAAAUGUUAAAUAGUUCAAACACAAUUGCAAGAAACGAUAAAUAUGAUGUGUUUAAUAGAAAAUUGUCCCCUUAGUAUUUAGUUGUGAGUUUCGAUAGAAAAAUACUAUAUCGAAUGUGCGUCGAUUCGGAACUAGAGAUCUACAAUGAGCUGUGUUCGAGAUGCCAACGUUUCAAAUCGUUUUUCAUGAGGAGCUGCCAAUAGCACGUAUAAUAUUGUGGAAUCUUGAACGCACUCCAAAAGAACGGAAGAAUAAUUUAUGUACACUCUUAUUAUACCUAAGUGGAUGUACAUCAUUGGAUGGCCCUAUGCAAAAGGAGCAGGCUAUGAUACACAAAUUAGACAGCUUGUGUUUCAACGGAAUCAAUCAAUUUAACAUUUGCAAUUGUGAGUAUGGAUUUAUUUCAACCAACGCGUAGCUAAUGCAUUACGAAUGGGCUCUCCGCUCCGUGUCUGUACACGAUUCUGUUCUCCUGCAUCCCUUCGUCACAGAGUCAAGCCCGGGGUCGCCGAUAGCUGAGCCGCAAUGGUGGAGAAGUCCGACCGGGCACCGCUACUGGACUGGGAGGAGGUUCCUCCGGCGGAGAAGCCUGUUCCCACACCAGAACAGGAGAAGCACGUCAAGGGGCCGAGCCCUGCCAAUAGUCGGGCGUUGGGAUGCACUGCGCCGGGGAUAGGGUGGAGCACCAGUCCGGGGGGUCCUGGGUUUUUAACAUCAGCGGUCUCUAGCAUAGACACAUCCCUCUCAUCCAGGAGCACGAUCCCCAUCCCUGCGGAAUGGGAUGCUCAGUGUCCCGACAAGGAUGACCAUACCCCGGCCCCAGGACAAGGAGAGGUGCCGCCCGAUAACAUGGUGAAAUGGGAGGAAAAGGAUCCGAUCGUGGCCGUGUUUGUGGUGACAUUUGAUACAAGAUCAGGUAACAUGUUAGAGUGGUGUCUGCCAGGGGACAUGAACCUGGAGGGAGUAGAGUUCAAGGCUAUGGCCAGCGGCUCCCACAGAGUCUCCAGCGACUUUAUAUACUUCCGUAAGGGCGGGUACUUUGGCCUGGCGUGCUUUGCCAACAUGGUGGUGGAUAGUGUGGUGGAGAGGGGGGCAAGAAUGAAGUCUGUGGGUAUCCUGUCAACCUCUUACACCCUGCUGUACCGAUACAUGAGCUUCCUGGAACACCAAGUCAGGCUCCAGUUGAAAACUCCUGGCCAGUAUUCUCCUCUGGAGGCGUUCUUUGAGGAUAAGAGAUCAGUGCUGCCCCCCGAUGGGGAGAGUGUGGUUACUGCAUGUCCUGGCAGUCCCUGGGGAGCAGCACUCAACCACUGUAUGCACCCUGAGAUGAAGAUCACCCACCCAGCUGGCUGCAUGUCUCAGUUCAUCCAGUUCUUUGGGGAGCAGAUCAUGGUCCUGUGGAAGUUAGCUCUGCUGAGGAGACGUAUCCUCAUCUUCUCUCCUCCACCUGUGGGCGUGGUCUGUUAUAGAGUGUACUGCUGCUGUUGCCUGGCCAACGUGUCCAUCCCGGGGGUGGGCGUGGCCGUGCCAGAGUUCCGCCCCUUCUUCUAUGUCAACGUGGCAGACAUCGAUACUCUGGAUACGGAACUGUCCUACGUAGCAUGCACCACAGAGAAGAUCUUUGAGGAGAAGCGGGACCUGUACGACGUCUAUGUAGAUAACCAGAAUGUGAGGACGACCAGAGAGAGUCUGAAGCCUUUACUGCGGCUCAGCGCUGCAGACCGAGAGAAGUACCGCAAACUCACUGAACAGAGGCAGAUGCUGUUAUAUUCUCAGGAGGAGAAUGGAGACUGUGUGUCCAGUGAAGAGGACCACUUCAUUCUGUUUUUCCUGGAGCAGAAUAACCGUAUCUUCCAGACGCUGAGUGAGGUGGCAGGGAGACCUGAGCCCAUCCUAACCCAGGAGAGUGUGAGGGCCAUGGGGCUAGACCCUCACGGAGACAGGCUCUUCCUGCUCCACCUGCUGGAGACAUACGGCUAUGACAGCCUCCUGGUCACCGAGCACCCUUGCUGCAGCUGAGGCCUGGGUGGCAAACUGACUGACCUACAGGAUCCUGCACACUCAGACACACAGACUCAAUGCAGACAGUCUGGAGUCUGGACUGAGAGGUCACAAUACUUUGGCAAGGCUGAGACAAGGGCCUGUAUUCAUAAAGCAUCCCAGUUGGGAGUGCUUAUCUCAGAUCCGUUUAGUCUUUUAGAGCUCAUUGAAUAAGACUUACAUGGACAGGGAGGACCUGAUCCUAGAUCAACAUUCCUACUCUGAGAUGCUUUAUAAAUAAGGGAGACCCUCAGGCCAAAAAAGCAAAUGAAUGGAGAGACCCACUGAACAAGAAAAGACUAAUGGAAUUUGGUUCUUGGUACUGUCCUAUGACAUUCAUGGGUGCUCAAUCUGGAUUGUUAACCACCGCCUUCCUGCCUGUCAAUAAAAUGUACAGUACAGAGGAAUGUCAUUCAUGUCUAUCCCCAACCCUCUUUUUCUGGAUGAGUGGAGCCAACCAGAAACAUCCUGGAACUCUGGAGAUUCGGUGACUAUGAGCAGAACUUACCAAGGAAGUCAUGCUUAGGUUUCCUUAUGUUUUCAAAUGGGGAGUCAAAUCUAAAGUCUGUGGUGAUGUCCUCAAACUGAGGGAGGAUUUGUCACUUCUCUUAAUAGGACAUCUAUUUAUUUAUGUUUUUGAGAGAAGAAAUCACCAAACUUUUGUCUGUAAAUAGAAAGGGAUCUGUAGAAUGUGUUUUGUUAUGAAAUGAUCCCAUUAAGUCACUACUAAGCCCAAAACCACUGUGGUCAGCAUUGUAUAGAAAUGGCCAUCAACACCAUCCAUAAUCAUGAUACUACAGGCCUGAUACUAAGGGCCCGAUUCAAUCCGUAGCGCUGAAGAUCCACGCUACAGUGUGAUAUACAUUUAAAGGCAACGUGUAUGCGUUCAUGGAGACUGCAUUCACGGUAAACACUGCAUAUGUCAACUCAUUCGGAAAUGACCUUUACAUUUCAGUCACGCAACUUCCGUGAUACGGACUGAAUCGAGCCCUACGUACGCAACACUAGUUCACAUGUGGAUUUGGUUUCUGGUGAAAGAGGGGUCAGGACUCACCAGCACACUUUCUUAUGACGUCCAACAUAGAAAUGUAACAACUUUAUAUGACUUUAAAAAUGUACUUUUAAUCACAGCCAUUUGACCAAGAGGUUUUGGGCUCAAAUUUAAACGUAUGCUUGUGGUGUUUCCUCAAUUCUCUGUCAAAUAUACGAAGAGUGAAAAAUGUGAAUGAGCUGCUGGCUCAAUGGUUAUAUCCUAUCCUUCAGACCAAGAGGUUGUAGGUUAAAACUUAAUUUCUUAUACUGUUGUGUACGUUUCAGCAACUCUCGAUGUCGAACAUACAGAGUAUGGUAUCAAAUGUGAUGGAGGCGGUGGUGCAGUGGUUCAAUUACUGCCGUGAGACCAAGAGGUUCUAGCUUCGAACCUCAUCUUACUCAGCUAUUGUGUACGUUUCCGCAACUCUCAUUGUCAAACAUACAAAAGAGGAGGCUUAAACAAUGUGAUGGUGGUGGUUCAAUGUCUACCUCGAAGCUUAGAGGUUGUGGGUUCAAAACAAAGUGUUGCCGCAGCUCUCGAAGUCAAACAUACGAAGGGAAUGGUAACAAAAAAUACUGUCUCCAUAUCUGUUGAGGUUUAACAUUGUUUUUUGAUUUGCGCCUCUGCAAUUCUGACUGUCAUAAAUUCGAAGAAAAGCAGAUGUACAGUAAUGGACCAGCGGAGGCUGCUGAGGGGAGGACGGCUCAUAAUAACGGCUGGAAUGGAGUCAACUGAAUGGUAUCAAACACAUGGAAACAAUGUAUUUGAUACCAUUCCAUUUAUUCUGCUCCAACCAUUACCACGAGCUUGUCCUCCCCAGUUAAGGUUCCACCAACCUCCUGUGAUGGAGACACUUUACACCAAUGAUGAUAAACUGUGAAUGACUGAGGGUGGCAAGUAGCCUAGUGGUUAUGAGCGUUGGGCCAGUUACCGAAUGGUCGCUGGUUUGAAGCCCAGAGCCGAAUAGGUGAAAAAUCUGUUAAUGUGCCCGUGAGCAAGGCACUUAACCCCAAGAGCGCCUGCUAAAUUACAAAGAAUGUUGAAAAAAAAUUGUCUGCCUUUUUUUUAGUGAUGCUCCUUAUUGAUUCAUCAGAACUGUUCACGUUAGAAAUCAUGACAUUAUUUACAGUGCUCCCUUCACAUAGUGAAGAGCAGGAAGCCACUAAAGGUGUUGUAGUUAUCAGAAUUGUAAAAGAGCCCCCAGCCCGAGGGGAGAUGCAUGUAGAUCGCAUCCCCCUCCACCAGCUCUAGAGAAUGCAUUAGACAAGAACAGAAGAUCUCCAUGGGUACCGUAUUGGUCAUUUAGCAGAACACUUUUGUCAUUGUGGUAAAGAUGAACGGCGAUGUGAGGUAAUCCAUUGCAGUGAAUCUGAUGUACUAGACUCCUUCUUACUGGCGGUGUGAAGAUACCUGCAUCAGAGGAGAGGGAGAGAUCAGCAUUGUCCGUUUCUCAGAAGCCCUGUUUACACCUGGUUCUAACAUGCGGCCUUUGUACUGAUGUCCACAUUCUGAUUGUGCCCACAUUUUUCAACAAGUGUAGACGAUUAAAAGAGGCAUUGUGAUGUGACUGUGAUCAAAUCUUAAAGUGUAAAAAGAGAAGAUCAGGACACAUGUUUACAGCAGGUAUAUACAGGGCUAGAGAAACUGUUGGUAAUGCGGGAUUCAGUGUGUGUUGAUUUGUGUGGUUAGUAGGCUACCUGUAGUUGGGUUGUAGGCCUUGCUGAUGUUGGUGAAGACUUCUCUGUAGAAGUGUGGUGUCACUAUUGGCACUUAUUAUUGAAAGAUAAAUAAAGCCCAUGAAAGCUUA